UUUUUCUAUAAAUUCAUACAUUAGAAAAAUCAAACUUGGGUAUCAACCUUAUAUAUUGAUAUGUAAAUAUUCUGGCUACAAAAAUAUAUAAACACUUUGGGUUGAUCAAUCAAUUAAUCUUCGCUGGAAAGAGCAGCAACCAUGUUGAUAUCUUCUGCCUCAACACCAGUUCUAGUCCUGUUUGCUGUAUAUGCUGUUUUCGCAGUUGUGGUGGUUGAUUUAGUUCAUGCACAGAAUCAAACUCAACCUACUACAGAUCCUAAUGAAGCGAGGGCGUUGAACUCUAUUUUUCAACAAUGGCAGAUAUCUGCUAAUCCAGCCCAAUGGAACACCAGCGGAGAACUGUGCAGUGGAGCAGCCCUCGGCCCCUCUCCUACUAUCGACGACCAGACUUACAAUCCCUUCAUCAAAUGCGAUUGCUCUGACAACAAUGGCACCACUUGUCAUAUCAUUGCCCUGAAAGUUUAUGCAACGGACGUUGUGGGUGUAAUUCCAGAUGAGCUCUGGACUUUAACUUCGCUUACCAAUUUGAAUUUGGGUCAAAAUUUCUUGACCGGUAACCUUUCACCAUCAAUUGGCAAUUUAACUCGCAUGCAAUACUUGACCAUUGGCAUUAAUUCACUAUCGGGGGAACUUCCUAAGGAACUCGGGUUGCUCACUGAUCUAAGAUCUUUUGGUUUUGGAUCAAACAACUUCUCUGGUCCUCUGCCGUCUGAUCUUGGGAAUUGUACGAGGCUACAACAAAUUUAUUUUGAUAGCUCUGGAGUCAGCGGUGAGAUUCCUUCAUCAUUUUCUAACCUAAAGAGCAUGGUUACUGUGUGGGCAUCAGACAAUGAACUUACUGGCAAAAUACCUGACUUCAUAGGGAAUUGGUCAAAGCUUAAUUCCUUAAGGUUUGAAGGGAACUCCUUUGAAGGUCCAAUACCGCCAACAUUGUCUAACCUAACUUCUUUGACAGAGCUGAGAAUAAGCGAUUUAUCAAAUGGAAGCUCUUCGCUGGCAUUUCUUAGGGAAAUGAAGUCACUAACUACCUUGGUUCUAAGGAAUGACAACAUUUCAGAUUCAAUUCCUUCCAAUAUUGGAGAAUACCAGAAUUUGACACAGUUGGAUUUGAGCUUCAACAACAUAACUGGACAGAUACCAGACAUACUUUUCAAUUUGACCCAGCUUAAAUUCUUGUUUCUGGGAAAUAACAAGUUAGAUGGUCCUCUUCCUGCACAAAAAAGUACAUCACUUGUAAAUAUAGAUGUUUCAUACAAUAAUUUAGCUGGGAGCUUUCCUUCCUGGGUCAAUGAUCAAAAUCUACAAGUCAAUUUAGUUGCCAACAAUUUCACAAUAGACCGUUCAAAUAGCAGUGGUUUGCCGUCAGGCCUGAACUGUCUUCAACGUAACUUUCCUUGUAAUCGAGGCUCUCCUGUCUAUUCUGAAUUUGCAGUGAAGUGUGGUGGUCCACAGAUUACAUCAUCCAAUGGCGUUGUAUACGAAAGGGAAAAUGAGACUCUUGGUCCUGCAACAUAUUAUGUUACUGGCACAAGCAGAUGGGCUGUCAGUAAUGUUGGAUAUUUUACUGGAACGAACAAUCCUCAGUAUAAAAUUUUCUCAUCGUCUCAAUUCACGAAUACUUUAGACUCUGAGUUGUUCCAGACAGCAAGGGUCUCUGCUUCAUCCCUAAGAUACUAUGGUAUGGGGCUUGAGAAUGGCAAUUACACUGUCAAGCUUCAGUUUUCAGAAACAGCAAUUGAGGAUGGUAACACGUGGAGGAGUCUUGGAAGACGUGUUUUUGAUGUUUACGUCCAGGGAAACCGUGUUUUAAAGGAUUUUGACAUAAAAAAGGAGGCAGGUGGUGUCUCUAAACGAGCUGUUGAAAAGGACUUCACAGCCCAGGUAUCUGAAAAUUACCUUGAAAUACAUUUGUUUUGGGCUGGAAAGGGUACUUGCUGCAUUCCUGCUCAAGGUACUUAUGGACCUUCCAUUUCAGCAAUCAGCGCUAAUCCAGAUUUCAUACCAACUGUCAGUAACAACCCUCCAACCAGUAAAAAGGAUAAGACAGGUCUAAUUGUGGGGAUUGUAGUUGGGGUUGGAACAGCAAGCUUUCUGCUUGUUUUGGUGGUUUUCUUUGUCAUUCAAAGAAGAAAAAGUAAAAGCACCUAUGAUGAUGAAGAGCUCCUAGGUAUAGAUGCCAAACCAUACACUUUCAGUUAUGCUGAACUGAAGACUGCUACAGAAGACUUUAGUCAUGCCAAUAAGCUUGGAGAGGGAGGAUUUGGACCAGUUUAUAAGGGAAAACUUAAUGAUGAAAGAGUGAUUGCUGUUAAGCAACUUUCUGUGGCGUCUCACCAAGGAAAGAGCCAAUUUGUAACAGAGAUUGCGACCAUAUCAGCUGUGCAACAUCGCAACCUUGUCAAAUUGUAUGGAUGCUGCAUUGAGGGGAACAAACGGCUCCUUGUUUAUGAGUAUCUUGAGAACAAGAGCCUGGAUCAAGCGCUAUUUGGAGAAAGAAAUUUGAAUCUUGACUGGCUAACACGUUAUGAGAUAUGCUUGGGAGUAGCCAGAGGUCUUGCUUAUCUGCACGAGGAGUCGAGGCUUCGAAUUGUACACAGAGAUGUGAAGUCCAGCAAUAUUCUGCUUGAUUCUGAUCUCAUCCCCAAAAUUUCAGAUUUUGGUUUAGCAAAACUUUAUGAUGAUAAGAAGACCCAUAUAAGCACCCGUGUUGCUGGGACAAUUGGGUAUCUUGCACCGGAGUAUGCUAUGCGUGGACACCUUACAGAAAAGGCUGAUGUCUUUGCCUUUGGAGUUGUGGCUCUGGAAGUCGUAAGCGGGAGACCAAAUUCAGACUCAAGCCUGGAAGAAGAAAAGAUGUACCUUCUUGAAUGGGCCUGGCACCUGCACGAAAACAACCGUGAAGUAGAACUUGCAGACUCCAAUUUACAAGAAUUCAGCGAGGAGGAAGUAAAAAGAUUGAUAGGAGUUGCUCUUUUGUGCACCCAAACUUCACCUACUCUUCGGCCAUCAAUGUCACGUGUAGUGGCAAUGCUAUCUGGUGAUAUUGAAGUGAGCAGUGAAAUUUCAAAGCCUGAAUACUUGACUGCAUGGAAAUUUGAUGAUAUAAGCAGAAGCUUCAUGGAUGAUAAUGCACACAAAGGAACUGAUUCUAGCUAUUUCAGUUCAUCUACAAGUACAAGCAUGGUCAUCGACACAGUGCAUCAUCAUUCAAGUGGUACCACGCCCAUGCUUCAUGAGAUCAUUGGUGAUGGUAGAUGAGGAAUCAAUUUUCUUUUUCUUUUUUUGUGGUUGAGUGAUCUUGUAUAUGAUUAUAAGAGAGUUGAGUGAGAAAUGGCAUCAUUAGAAGUGUUAUAGACGAAUAAAGAAUUAGCUAUUAAAUUUAUUAAUGUUUUUUUUUUUUUUUUUGAAAUGGAAAUUUAUUAACGAUUGUAUGCCGAUAUUCUGACAUUG